CGGGCUCUUGCCAGCCGCUUCUUCGGCGGAGCGCAGUGCUGGCCGGGUGGCUUGUAGAGCGAGGCGGGCGGCGAUUCGGUGUCGCUCCGGCUGCCCGGCGCUUCGCAGCCUCGUUCCUCCGGGGAAAGCCAGACGGGAUCCCGCCCGCGCAGGGUCAAUUUCUGAGGCUCCAAAAUUGGAGUGGAUUCCAAACAGACUUUUGCCAGCGCAAUGGGGCUUCAUAUCCUCCUCCACCCCCUUGGCAGUUCUCUGUAUGCCCCCAAAAUAUGCUUCAGAAAGACCCUGCAACAAAGGAUAACACCAUCCAGAUUUAUUCGGACCUAAGAAGUGAAGGAUAACAGCCAUCACUGGGUAGCUCAAUAUGCCAGCUUUCUUCUGGAAGAUUGCCUUUGAAUGUUAGGUCUCCUCCAUUUAUUUUACAACACGCACAAAUAAAAUGUCGGAACUCCACCCUACCUCUGGAUUAAUAUCAAAUAUGGAAAAUGGGACUUUUCUGGAGCUGUAUCCCACCUCUCUCUCGACAUCCAUGGAUUCAUCUUCUGGACACAUGUCUAACGUCUAUGUCUAUGUCUCAAUAUUCCUCAGCCUCUUGGCAUUUCUUCUUUUGCUAUUAAUCAUUGCACUUCAGAGGCUGAAGAACAUAAUCUCUUCCAGUUCUUCCUAUCCAGAAUACACCAGCGAUGCUGGGAGUUCCUUCACUAACCUAGAAGUCUGUAGUAUUUCUUCCCAGCGGUCUGCUUUUUCAAAUCUUUCCUCCUGAGAAGGAAUGAAAGAGAAUACAUUGGGGGAUGGAACAACUUUGUCUAACUCUUGGGGGGAAGUUAUGCAUGCAGUAUUUUCUUUGGAGGACUAAUAGUCAUAAAAGAGGUGACUUUUAAUUUUCACUUUGGUUUUUCUUUCCCUUUUUAGUCUGCAUUUCCCCUCUUUAUUAAUGACAUUUUUCAUCUCUGAGCAGUGAAAUUGAUGAAGGUCUCCUGCCUGAUCAUGCCUCCUGCCUGUAAUAGUGUUGUAGCAUUUCCCCAACCCAUUUAAACUGGGUCUUCAAACUUAACAAUGGGAAGAUUCUGCUUCCUGGGCUUUGUCACCUAUGGUUUCAUCGACUCAAAGCUUCAGGACUUUAACUUCCUCAGAAACACCAUGAUAUCAUACAGGAUAUCACUAGAUCUCUGAAAGUUAUUUAUCUCACCAUUGAAAGAAUCUGUUGUGCCGUAGUUCUAGAAUUUAGAGCAACUUUAAGGCAACAAAGCUCAAUUUAAUUUAACAAUUUAAUUCAAAAUUUUGUCGCUGAGGUCUCUUGUAUGUUUUCCUGUAUACAGUCGCCGUGUUGUCUGAUGGGCUUGUUUUAUUUUAGCCAAAUGAUUAUAAUAAAUAUGUGGGCUCAUUCCAUUUCACACUAAAACCGCAUUUGGUAGACUUGCAGAUUUGCAUGAGGACUUUGAAUUGGAAGAAUUGGGCUGUGUCCAAAGUAGAUCUAAGUAAGAACUGUGCGAGCGGGAACCAGACAGUGGCGAUUUCCCACUCUCAGGUUGCUUAGAUGGAGUACACCAUGCCCCCUGGCCGACCAGAUUGGUCAGCCUAGGGUGUGACGUGUCAGGGACUCCCUAUGUUGCGGGGGCUAGCCAUAUCCCCGCAAAAGGGGCGGGUUUGCGUCCCGCUCGCAACUCCAUUUCCCCGGCGAAGGGAAAUGGCUUUAUCAUCACAAGGAUUUUGCCUACUUCACCUCACCCAAGCACCCCCUAAAUCUGUUCUGGGGGGUCUCCCAAGCCUCCAGCGCAGAUUUGGGUAGGGUGCAGGGCACAGACAGGGGGACCAACCUGUGCUUUGAAGGCCUUGGUGAGCUCAACACCUUUGAGGUCAUUGGUUCCAUUGUUCAACUGCUGUUAUCAUUAAAAAGUGUCUUCAAAUGCCCAGUCCAAAUCUACCCUCUUUUAAAUUAAGCCUGUUAGCUCUAACCUUGCUAUGUGGCAGCCCUUCAGAGAAAUAAAAAGUGUUAUCAUGUC